AUGACGGAGGAAAACGACGACUUAAACGGGACGACGACCACUACGCAUCGCUCUGCUCCGGACGACGACGGUGGUCUUCGCAAUCGGAGGAAAAACGGUGGUGAUGGUGUAAAAGAGAGACGAAAUGGAUUAUCAUCAUCAGAAGCCGCAAGAAAGAAGAAAAAAGAACGACGAGAUUCCUUGGACCAGAUGCGAAAACGGGAACAAAAUCGGAUACCUUUGAUCGAACAAUCGACGAAAUAUAUCUUUUACACUCUGCUGGUGCUUCUGUUGGCCUUGGUUAUUCCCAUCGCGCUGAGGCAGUUGGCGAAUAAAAUGGUUGGUUUAAACGAUAAGAAGAAGAGCUCUUCUUCUUUCUUUGGUGCCAAAACGUUGUUAAAAAAAUGGUCUCUGAUUGAUUCAAAGUCCACGGAUACGAAGUUGUUGUUAGGGGACAUGUACCGAGCGGACAUGGAUACGGACGAAGCGAUCGAGACGUUGAGAGAGGUGACGGUGAAAUACGACUCUGCGUUGAAACAACAAGAAGAGGAGAAGAAAAGCGGUAGCGGGAGUAGCGAAUCUUUAAAAGCGAAGAGCAAAGAAGCGAGCGUACGAUUAGCGUUGGCUUUGUUAGAUAAAGCGGACGGGAACGCGGCAAAGAGUCCGCUAGGAUUUACGCACGAUAAGACGCCGUUGGUAGAGGCGAAGUAUAACUUGAAGAAAGCGAAAGCGAUCGAAGAAGAGUUGCAAACUAGAAGAAAAGAUGGCGGAAAAGACGACGACGACAACGAUGAAGACAAUAAGAAUGUGAAUAAGAUUGAGAUUGAGGUUGCUUUGUCGCGAGUAUAUCAACACGAGCGUGAUUUUCCAUCCGCGGUUGCUAUUUUGAACGAAGCGUUGGAAAAGAAACCGUCGAGCACGGAGGCGAGAUGGCAGUUGGCAGUCGCGCACCAAGGCGCCGGCGACUGUCAGUCGGCGUUGGAGCAAUAUCGCGUGUUGAUUGAAGACGCGAAAGUCAAGCACGCGCACGUGUAUUUGCGAGCGAGCAUGUGUUUACUGCACGGACGCAAAAAAGAGGAUAACUCGACGAAACCGUUGAAAAUGCAUUCGAUUUCUGGGAAAGGCGUCAAGACGAAAGUCGAUCCGAGUCCAGAGGAGGUUGUGCAAGCGAUUUCAUAUUUAGAGGCGGCGACGACGAUCGAUUCGAGCUUAGGACACGCAUGGAUGCAGUUGGGAUUAGCGCAUGUUCUGCGAAACGCACCGAGAGAAGCCAUUGGACCGUUGGAGAGAGCGAAGAAAGAACUUGGGGAGAACUCGUUGACGGCGGACUUCCACUUGGCGGCGGCGUAUCAGCAAGCGAACAGAUGUAAAGACGCGAUUCCGUUGCUUAUGAACGUGGCGCAAAAAUCUAGAGAACAACACGAACGCAUGAUGCACAUCGAUAACAUGAAAGAUGGGAGAGCGCAAAAGUUAGAAAGUUCUAUCCCCGCGCACGAAGCGUUCUUAAGAGCCGGUGGGUGUAAGUUUCUCAUGGGCGAAGUCGACGGCGCCAUCGAGUUGUAUCGCGAAGCGUUGGUCUCCUCGGAUAAAUUCGCACCAGCAUUAGUAAACUGGGGUAUCGCGUUAGAGCAUAAAAAAGAGUACGACAAAGCCGAAGAAAAGUACAAGCUGGCGGUGGAGAAGAACCCAAAUAUGGCGGAAGCGUACGCGCGAUGGGGCACUUUGAACUUUGGACAAGCGAGAACGCUCGUGCAAGCGUUCGUCCAUAAACGGCGCGAAGAGAAGAACAAGAAAAAGGUCUGGAAAGACCCGGAGGAAUCGAAGGAGAGAAAAGAACUUGGAGCGUUAAUCGAUGCGGCGUUUUCGAGGUUGGAGAAAGCGGCCGCUUUGGACCCGAAUCACUCGAUUAAUCAAAGACUCUCGUUUAUGAGGCAACAAGCGAAAGCGUUAAUUAAAGAAGUCGAAGGUAAGAAUGCGAAAAUGGACGAGCCGUGGGAUUUGAAAGAGGAAAGAGAAAGUAGCCAGCAACAGCAGCAGCAACAAUAA